CCAUGGAGGCAUCCACUUAGCUCGUCUUAUCAAGGACGCCAAAUGAAGUCUAUUCAGCUCUGCUAGCGGGACAAGCUGACUUACUUUGCAAGAAAGACUUACAUCGGCCGUCACUCCAUAAAUGUGCACCGUCCGCCCGCCUGCACACUGCAGAGGCGCUCAACCUGGCUGUUUUACGCACAACGCUGCUCCGGCUUCGCUUGUGUUCAAACUUUUCUCAGCGGUUGUUUUCAUGAAGAGCGACCAGCGUUCGCCAAGGAAUUAAGGGAGACUACUUUUUAUUGCUUUUUUUCCUUCUUUCCUUUCCUGAAAAUAUCGAGGAUGCCUCGUCCGGGGAGAAACACGUACAGCGACCAGAAGCCACCUUACUCCUACAUCUCCCUCACUGCCAUGGCGAUCCAGAGCUGCCCGGAGAAGAUGCUGCCUCUCAGUGAAAUUUACAAGUUCAUCAUGGAUAGGUUCCCUUAUUAUAGAGAAAACACUCAGCGGUGGCAAAACUCUCUGCGGCACAACCUGUCCUUCAACGACUGCUUUAUUAAAAUCCCCCGGCGCCCAGAUCAGCCAGGUAAGGGCAGUUUCUGGGCUCUGCACCCCAGCUGCGGGGACAUGUUUGAGAAUGGAAGUUUCUUAAGACGCCGCAAAAGGUUCAAAGUGUUGACUUCAUCCGAUCACUUGGCUCCGAGUAAGCAAUCGGAUGCUGCCCAUUACCUCCAGCAGCAAGCCAAGCUGAGACUGAGCGCCCUGGCAGCCACUGGCACACACCUUCCCCAAAUGUCAACUUACAACCUCGGAGUGUCUCAGUCGUCAACUUUUAAGCACCCGUUCGCCAUCGAGAACAUCAUCGCCAGAGAGUACAAGGUCCCGGGAAGUCUGGCUUUCUCCACCAUGCAGUCUAUGUCUGCCGGGUACCCGCUCCACAACCAGCUGACGACAGCAUGGCCCCACAUGUACAACACCAGCGUGAUUGACACGGCGGCCCCAAUCUCCAUGGCAAGCGGCGACUACAGUGCUUAUGGCAUGCCCAUCAAGUCUCUGUGUCACGGUGGACAGUCCUUACCGGCUAUUCCUGUGCCAAUCAAGCCCACCCCGACCUCCAUGGCCGGUUUCUCGGCGUUACCUCCACACAUCCCCGCGUUUCUAUCAAACUCUCCACAGUCUCUGAGCCCGACGUCCCCACAGACAGCGACGAGCCAAAGCAGCCCCGCGACCCCGAGCGAGACUCUGACGAGCCCCUCCACACUGCAGUCUGUGGCUGUGCACUGACCAGCUCAACUUUCCCAAGUAACACGAACUGCUGGCUGGCUCCCAGGCCCCCCUUUUACCAAUUCCAAAGUUUAUAUUUUCUGUCGUCGGAAACUAUCAAGGCGAGUUGCAGUUGCAUAUCGAUUUAUUUGUGUAUGUGUUGAAUGUGUCGCUUUAAAUUGUCAUAGAAGUCCAGCACAGAAUCGCACAGCGAAGUAUUGCUCUUGAAAAUAUAAAUUAUUUGAUAGUUCUAUUUUUCAGUUUAUUGUGAAAUGUGAGUGUUGAAAGUGGAGCCACGGAGGGGAACCAGGGGAAGUUUGCUUUGGCACCAUCAACUCUGAUUUUUUAAGUGCUUGUAAUUCCCGUGGCAGUCAUUCAGUUUGAUCAAAUAGCAAACCUUUUGCACCGUUUCCGUGUGACCACUGUAAUGUCAAUGAAAUUGCGAGGCAAUGGCUCUGUGUUUUUGUUUGCUUUUAAUACUGGAAUGAUGGGUAAGGGUAUACCAAAUAGGAAUAGGAUUUAGAUUUGUUCUUACCAUCCCUGUAAAAAAGAAAGCAAACUGAAAUUUUUUCAAAAUGGAAAACUAGUAUUGUGAGACGUCCUCAAAAUGCAAGAUGUGAAUAUUGCAAAUAACUGAUACUGAAAUGUUGUAAAAUGCACUUUUUAGUUUUAUGUUUUAGAUAUCUAUUUUCCAGAAAAUGUUCUGUGAAGCAUUUUAUUUAAAAGGCUGUGGUGACCAUGUGUAUCAGAUGCUGUAAAUUUGUACUUUUUUUUAGGUAAAGCAUGCAUUCUAAAAAAAAUUGUGUUGUUACUGUUGUUGUUACUGUUGUUGUUUUUGUUUGUUUAUUUUUUGCAAGCAUGCGUGCUUUCGAAAAGUGUGCAAACAGUCUGCAAUG